AUGACUGCGGCUAUUGCAGUUGGGUGCAUGGUAGCCGUAGCUUCGUCUGUUAUUCAAAGUUUGGGUAUAACAUUACAACGUAAAUCACAUUUGCUACGAAUUCCAACUUCAUAUCAUGUAAAUGAAUAUGUUAUACGACGGAAACGGAAUAUGUGGUAUACGGGGUUUCUAUUAUUUAUUAUUGCUAAUAUCUUUGGUUCAGUUGUUCAAAUCACUACAUUACCUCUUAUUAUCCUUUCCCCGCUACAAAGCAUUGGUCUCAUAUCUAAUAGUAUUCUCAGUGUUCUCAUGCUUCCUGGUGAAGAGUUUACACGGAACUUAUUCUGGGGUACGGGUGUCAUUGCCACGGGUGCUAUUAUUAUUGCCUAUAAUGGCUCAUCAAUUUCAUCUUCACAACCUCCCCCAAACACUCCACGGGCUCCAGAACUUCAAUUCAGAUUGGUAAUGGAAAAGUUUCUUGCAUCUCCAUUUUUCCCAUGGUUUGUGGCUACAUUUGUGUUUAUAGCUGCACUCCUAUUUUUAAACUACACCGUUUUCAGAAGGAAUUCAUCCGUUAGAGGUGCACUAUUUGGAGUUGUCAGUGGAACCUUAACGGCACAUACAUUCCUUUUCGCUAAAUCAAUUAUCGACAUUGUGUUUGAGAUUAUUUUACAUCAGAAAUCUCUCAGACAUAUCUUCUCACUAAAUGAUCUUUCAGCUUACAUAAUGUUAUUGCUGAUGGGAGUGAUCAUUGGAUUUCAAUUGACAGCUUUCAAUUUAGGUUUGGCUGAGAUCUCAACCGCAGUUUUAUAUCCACUUUGUUUCCUAGUGUAUAAUUUGGCAAAUUUGCUCAACGAUGUUUUGUUCAAUAAAUUGCCAAUUCUGAAACUGUUAUUUUGGAUUGUUGUUGGGUUAUUGUUGGUAUUGAUUGGUGUUGUUGUCAUCAGUUGGGAUGAUAUGCGUGGCCAAUGUCAUCCGGAAGAAGGAGAGGAGUCCAUGAACUUAGCUAAACGGGGUGAGAUUAACUAUGGUCUGACUGACCGUAGGUUCAGAAGAGCGCUCAGUUAUGAGGAAACCCAACUUUUAAGUCUGAUGAAAUAG